AUUGACCACACAUCUCUCUCUCUCUCUGUCUCUCUGUCUCUCUCUCUCUCUGUCCCUCUCUCAUAUUUAUCCUUCAAGUAUAUUGACCACCAAUUCAUCUCCUUCAAAUUUAUUCCAAUACCAAGGGGAAAAAAAAUGUCCAACAUUAAACUAUGCAACUUACUGUUGUUUUUCUUGACCUUAAUCCUAGCAGCAUAUGUUAUACAAGGAUCUACAAACCAUUCAGAAACUCAUCGUCCAAGUGCUUUCCAUUCAUCACCACACGCACAAAAAGAAAUGUAUUUGCAGGGUGGCAAUGAAAGAAUGAAGAGGAGAAACUCGAGGAGAUUGAUGAUAGGAUCGACGGCGCCUACGUGUACUUACAAUGAAUGUAGAGGUUGCAAGUUCCGGUGCAGAGCCGAGCAAGUGCCGGUGGAGGGAAACGACCCGAUUAAUAGCGCAUACCACUACAAAUGUGUUUGUCAUAGGUAAUCUACCUUGUAUUAUGUCUCUCAUUUUCAUGUCGAUUACCAGCACAGAAAGAGCUCAACUUUUCCCUUUUUCUCCCUACCUUCUAAACAUUUUUUUUUUUUUUGGUUAAAUGCAGUUGUUGUGGUGCCCUUUUUGAGUUUUGAAUGAAUUCGUUGAUUAA